CCCUUGUCACCCACCCCUCCUUGCUCCUCCUGCACCCUGCAUCUUACCCCUUAUUUCUCUAACAUUCCUCUCAAGCAAACCUUGGCCAUUCCCAACCUGAGCAGUCCUGCCUCUGCCACCCAAUUGGAUCCUUCCUUCCUAACCCUGCUGACUAUACUUCCUCCAGGAAGCCCUCCCUGAUGACCCUCACCUAGCAUGAGUUCAGCUUCCAUUACAUUGUGUAUGUGGUCUCAGUCCCGUUUCUGUGAAGUGUUUGUUCACACUCAUCCCUCCCCUGGGAGCCUCUGAGAGCAGGAGCUGUCUCCCUCCUCCCUUCGAAAGCUUUCCCCUUCACACCAGGCUCUGUCCCCACACCCAGCCCAGACCUGUGCCUGACCUGGUCCUUCUUCUCUCUCUCAGAGCACUUCUGGGACCCGCUGCUUCUCACCAGGAUGAAUUCAUUGGUUUCCUGGCAGUUGCUGCUCUUCCUCUGUGCCACUUCUUUUGGGGAGACAUUUAAUAAGGUGGCUCCUGCAGAGGAUCCUAGACCCACAGGCCAGCGGCUCGGACCCCGCUCCCUCCUGGCCGCCUGGGAGCAGCGGCCGCGGCCUGGGCGCCUCCCGCAGCCGCCGGAUCCCCGCGCCCCGGAGCGCGGUGCUGGUGCGGAGGCAGGAGGGCCUGUCCGCCUACAACUGAACUCCUUCGGCUGCGCUACGGAAGGCGGGACGCCGCGUCCGAGGCGCCGGGAGGGGCUGACACCACCGAGGAGUCUCCCCCGGGAGACGCACUUAAAGCCCAGGAAAGGGUUGGAACACGGGGUUUGGGCGGGAGGGGGAAGGGAGUUUCUGUCCUGA